UUUGUCCAUACAGCAAGAUAAAAGGUUUUCCUUGCACUAUCAAAGGGAUCCGUUUACGUAAAUUUAGAUUAUCGUGUGGAUGACGUGUAGAAAUGGUGACUCGUUUUUUCUGUACAAAAUUGAUCUGACUGUGAAUGAGGACGGUGGGGAUGAAUUUGCGUGAUGUGGCACAUUUUUCGUGGACCGCGCAGCAUCGCUGCGCUACGUCCUUCUAUUUGGAUUGCGCCCCACCACCGGAGAUUCGAGAUGCUUACGACGCAUUGAUGGCACAGGCGCGUGGACCGAAUGCCACUGCUGGAGGCCUCUGUGGGGCUAAUGGAGUUGGAGAGACAGCAGGUGGCGCUGCUGUAACUGUGUAUGACUUUGGUACACACAAAGCAGGCGGCCCGUCUGUACUGGGUUCUCCGCCGCGCGUGCGGCCAGCCUCAGCACCGGCACUGACGGAGGAGCGCAAGCAGAAGCUGCGGGACUGGCUUGAUUCGAGGCUAGAUGUGUGCAGCGCAGUGAGGGAGUUGUGGCUGCGCCGGCGCAUGGUUGAGCAAUUACCAUCGGAUCGGGAGUGCUUGAACGAAAUGCACGCGAGUGGCGUAAGAGAGGUUCCGCUGCCGGACAAAGGUGGGAACCCACUAGAUGCGGCCGGUGCAGCUAGUGGUGCCGCGGCAAAAGCGGUUGAGCUUGCGCUGCGGAAACUGCGACCGAUUUUCCAGGGUAUCAGCUUCUUCUUCGAUAAAGGUAAGGGUUCGUGGUAUAAGUGCUGCCACAUGCCACAGAUGGCCACGGCGCAUCCUUUGCAGCAGCGCCUACAGAAGGCCUACGACCCGUUUUUCCUCGGUGCAUUCGAGUCUCCCAAACCGGCAACGAAACCUGAAGCAGCCUUAUCCAAAGAGAAUGUCGGCGCGACUGCGAAGGUGAAGCCCGAAAGGAUUUAUGCCGAAGAACAUGCGGGAAAAUCUUCCAAACAGGGAACGAAAGCAGCGGAAGAUAUCAAGAAGACAACGAUGGGCAAUGUUGGUGCCACGUCAGAGAUGAAAGUAGCAAAAGAAGAUGGCACUGCCAAACCCACAGAAGCUACAAAGGAAGUCCGUAUAAUUGAGGAGCUUCUUGGCCUCUCACAAACUUCGCCAGGAAAAUUGGGUGCGUUUCAAUGUAAGCAGGUGGAGGAGGAUCCAGAGCUUCUUCAUGUUGGCCACAUCGAAGAUAUCGAAGACUUUGACGAAGUGGGGGGCGAGGUAGGUGAAGCUCAGGAGGCUGAUACCUUAUCCGAUGGUAACCCUUCUGCAUCCGGUGACUUGUCAGCCUCUGUCAUCGUCGGCACGGGUAUGGACCCGAAGCGCGAAGUGUGCCUUCGUGUGGAGACUCCUGGAUUCGUCGACUCCACUGAACUGAGUAUGGGGUCUCAAACUCAGUGCAUCCGCGUCGGGCACGAUGAAGCGCCGCUGCCCGCAUUGAUCGGCGAGGAGCCUGCUGAUGGAGCCUCCGAAAAAGCAGUCGCCAAGGGGGUCGGCAGUAGACCGACCGUCGUUGACUACAGCACACUAGGGAAGCCGCAGGGUCCUAGAAAACUUGAUGCGAACGGGAAUCCCGGAAAAGAAAAUAGAGAAGAUUAUAGAGUCGUGUUUUUAUGAAUAACAAGUUCAAGCUCUUGUUUCUGCAUCGGCAGGUGUUUAUCCAUUUGCCUUUGAAGCCGGCGAAUAUUGUAGAUAUAGAUAUAUUUAUAUUUUAUACACCCUCCACUUCAUCGGUUAAAAAAUUUAUAGCUUUCCAGGACCUCCAACCAAAUCCCCACCCUCUCAACUCAAUCCACUCUUCUCUAAUUGGAAUUUUUAGUGCAGGGGUUAGUCUACUAAACGAGCUACAAUCUAGUCCUCUCAUCAUCAUACUGUAUAAACUAACUGAGCUAGUCAUAGUGUCAGAGCUCGUUUCUGCAGUAUACGUGUCGAUUUACAAAACAAAGCAAAGGCGUUUUGGAAAAAAAACAGAAAAGAGGGCUGAAACAGG